UGGUAUAUUCUUUUUUUUUAUUUUUUUUUGGUGUUAUUGAUUUUUUUUUUGCCUUAUGGUAAAUGAGUUUUUUGUUUUGGUUUAAAUGAUUUUUUUAGUGUAAUUUUUACUUAUAAUUUUGAAGUUUGUUUGUUUUUGUUUGUUCUUUUAUUUGUUUCUUUUAUAGUUUUUUUGUAUGGUUCAUUUUAUAUAGUGGGAGUUUCUCGUUUAUUUUAUUUUUUUUUUAUUUUGUUUUUGUUUGUUUUAAGUAUGGGUGGUUUGGUUGUAUUUAGUGGGAGUGUUGUUAUAGUUUUGGUUUUUUGGGAUUUUUUAGGUAUUAGUAGAUUUUUUUUGGUUUUAUUUUAUAAUAAUGUGGGUUCUCGGGAAGGUGCUAUAAGUACUGUUUUUACUAAUCGUAUUGGGGAUUUUAGUAUUUUUUUGUUUUUUAAUGGUUUUAUUUUAUUUUCUUUAGGGAGUUUUUCUUACCAGUUUUUUUGUUCUAUGGUUGUUUUUAUGUUGCUUGUUUCUGCAUUUAUUAAAGGUGGUCAAUAUCCUUUUGGGAGCUGGUUGCCAAAAGCUAUGGCUGCUCCAACUCCUGUUAGUUGUUUAGUUCAUAGUAGUACGUUGGUUACUGCGGGAGUUAUGUUGAUGGAGGGUUAUUUAUAUGUUUCUUUGAGUUCUAGUGUUUUAUCAUUUAUUUUUUAUGUGGGAUUUUUUUCUGUUUUGUUUUCUGGUUUGUGUUCUUUAAUUGAGGAAGAUGCUAAAAAAAUUGUUGCUUUGAGCACUAUGUCUCAGAUCGGGUUUUGUUUUUUAUGUAUUGGUAGUGGUUUGCAUUAUUUAUCUUAUGUUCAUAUAAUUGGUCAUUCUUUUUUUAAAAGGUUGUUGUUUAUGCAGAUAGGUUAUUUAAUUUUUAUUAAUUUUGGUCAACAAAAUUAUCGAGAUUAUUCUCGUUUUGAUGUUUGUGCUCCGGUUUUGGUUCAAUUACAGAUUUUAUUUUCUAUUAUUAGUUUAUGUGGCUUGUUGUUUACUAGCGGUUAUUCUAGGAAAGAAUAUUUUAUGUCUUGUUUUUAUUAUGGUUCUUUUAGUUUUUUUUUGGUUUUUUUUUAUUUUUUUGGUAUUUUUUUAACUUUUUGCUAUUGUUAUCGUAUAUUAUUUUUAUUUCGUGUUAAUUCUGCGGGUUUUGAUUGUGUUGGGUUUUCUAGUAAGUUAUUUUAUUUUUCUUGUUUUUUUUUAGUUUUUUUUUCUGUUGUUUUUACUUUUUGAUGAAUUAUUAGUUUUAUUUCUUUUCCGGUGGUUUUAAAUCGUUUUGAAUUUUUGGUUGUAUAUGUAUAUGUUUUUUUUGUUUUUUGUUUUUUUAAUUAUUUUUUUCGUUAUUUUUUUUUAGAGUUUAAAAAUAAAUUUUUUAUAGAUUAUUACUCUUUGUAUAUUUAUAAGUUAGUUCCUAAGUUUUUUUAUUUUGAUAAUUUUAUUUUAGGAUUGAAUUAUUUUUUUUUUGGAAUUGUUCGUUUUUUUUCUUUUUAUUUUUUAUCGUUGUUUCGGGGUUAUUAUCAUAUUGGUAUUUUGGUGAUUUUUUCUUUUAUUUUAUUUUUUUUGUUUUUUUAGUUUUU